AACCUGGAGAGCGUUUUGAGUGUAUAGUGGUAAAAAGAGAAGAUCAAUAUGAUGAGUAUGGGAAGAAAAUAUCAUGGAAAGUAGGGGAUUGUAUGGAAUACCCAGAUGUGGCGAAAAAACUUAACAAAAAGAUAGAUAUUAAUUAUUACCUGAAGAGUGUAGUUGGUCUCUGUGCCAGAUUUAUAAAUAGUGAUAAAUGUUUUGAACCACCUACUGAUUGUGAAUCUUUAAUAAACAUUACUGCUCCUGAUGAACUCUGGACAAAAAAGGAUGAAUUAGAACAGAAAUCAGCAGAGAGGUGGAUUAAGAAAUAUAUCAAAGAUUUACGUGAUGCACCAAAAAAAGAUGAAGCUAUUAUCUCCCAUUUAUGGAAAAUUGCUACUACACAUGCCAAAAAAAUAUGUCCUGGUAUUAGCAAAGCUGACAUAACCAGGCCUUCAGGCUCCUCUACUAGGUAUAAUAAUUAUCUUAAUGCAUUAGAUAAAAUUGCAGAUUCUAUUUGUUCGAAAUUAUUGGAUCUAUUUUCAAAAUUGUCUAAGUUUAAUGUAGAAUAUAGAAAUGCGACGUAUGAUUUAAUUACGCAGGCGCAAAAAUGCAAACCCAAAAUUACAAUUCUGGAACAAUAUAUACUUCUAUACGAUUUGGAAUCAGA